UCACUGCGUUUAGGGUGUGGCCUCGACUUAGGGCAGCUCAAGGAGACUUAGGGACGUCUGAAUCACUCCUUUUGAGUGCCUGGGUGUUGCGGCCGCCGCGUGUGUUUGCUGCGCUCCAUGAGGAAGAUGCUUGCCGCUGUGUCCCGCGUGUUGGCAGGCGCUGCGCAGAAGCCGGCAAGCAGAGUGCUAGUAGCUUCCCGUAAUUUUGCAAACGAUGCUACAUUUGAGAUUAAGAAAUGUGAUCUUCAUCGGCUAGAAGAGGGCCCUCCAGAAACCACAGUACUCACCAGAGAGGAUGGGCUCAAAUAUUACAGGAUGAUGCAGACUGUACGCAGAAUGGAGCUUAAGGCAGAUCAGCUGUAUAAGCAGAAAAUUAUUCGUGGUUUCUGUCACUUGUGUGAUGGUCAGGAAGCCUGCUGUGUGGGCCUAGAGGCCGGCAUAAACCCCACGGACCAUCUCAUCACAGCCUAUCGAGCUCAUGGCUUCACCUUCACUCGGGGCCUGUCAGUCCGAGCAAUUCUUGCAGAGCUAACAGGAAGAAGAGGAGGCUGUGUUAAAGGGAAAGGCGGCUCGAUGCACAUGUUCGCCAAGAACUUCUAUGGGGGCAAUGGCAUCGUUGGAGCUCAGGUGCCCCUGGGAGCAGGAAUUGCUCUCGCCUGCAAGUAUAAUGGAAAAGAUGAGAUCUGUUUGACAUUAUACGGUGAUGGUGCUGCUAAUCAGGGUCAAAUAUUUGAAGCUUACAAUAUGGCAGCAUUGUGGAAAUUACCUUGUAUUUUCAUCUGUGAGAAUAACCGUUAUGGCAUGGGUACAUCUAUUGAGAGAGCAGCAGCCAGCACGGAUUACUACAAAAGAGGAGAUUUUAUUCCUGGACUGAGGGUAGAUGGAAUGGAUAUCUUGUGUGUCCGAGAGGCAACAAAGUUUGCAGCUGCCUAUUGUAGGUCUGGUAAGGGGCCCAUCCUGAUGGAGCUACAGACUUAUCGCUACCAUGGGCACAGUAUGAGUGACCCUGGAGUCAGUUACCGCACUCGAGAAGAAAUCCAGGAAGUAAGAAGUAAGAGCGACCCUAUUAUGCUUCUCAAGGAUAGAAUGGUGAACAGCAAUCUCACAAGCGUUGAAGAAUUAAAGGAGAUUGAUGUGGAAGUGAGGAAAGAAAUCGAGGACGCUGCCCAGUUUGCCACAGCUGAUCCAGAGCCACCAUUGGAGGAACUAGGCUAUCACAUCUACAGCAGUGACCCUCCCUUUGAAGUGCGUGGUCCCAACCAGUGGAUCAAGUUUAAGUCAGUCAGUUAAUGAGAAUUUGUCAUCUACUUUUUGUGCUUUCAACUUAAAGACAGGUGGAAAUACCUAGACAACAAAAAGUCCCGAAAACAUGUAAAUUAAGGGAGAAUAAAUUGCAUGCAGUUUGUACAUUGUUGUAUUCGGAAUAUUCAUGUGAAUAUUGGAUUUGUAUAGGAUUUGAAAUGACUAAUGCAGAGCUUAUAACCUUCCCAUAUCAUCUCCUAGGUCAGUUUCUAAAAGGAGCAACUCUGCCAGUUGGUGGUGUGAUCAUAGCUAUGUCUUCAUGGAGGCAUGUUGGAAUUAAUGCAACACAUGGGUAGAGAAGUGUAACAGCCACCCUGAAUUGAGGAGGCUGAAGUCUGGUGGCACUGACCAGUAUGAUCUCUAUGAUCAAAGGCUAUAUUUAAUCAGGCAUUUUAAAAUAAAGGUACUUCAGUCACUUCAAAGGUAAAAUAAUUUAAUUUGCUCCAUUGAGACAUUUAACAGACAUGAACUUGUACUCCCAUUGCAAGGCACACUUUUUACCUUUCACAUUUAAGUAUCACUCUAGUUUUAUAGAAUACUUACUGCUUUAUCUUUCCAGCAAUUGCUGUACAGUAUGCUGAC